AUGGAAUCUAGGAUCCAAGAAGCUGUAAAUCAUAUCCGACGUUUUCCUGACGCCAAAAUAGCCACUGUGGCGAAGGAAUUCGGCGUGCCACGCAAUCUACUCCGUUACCGCCUCGAGGGUCGGUCGCCCAAGAAUGGCCAGCCUGCGGCCAAUACUAAGUUAUCGCGUGCAGAAGAGAGUGCGCUAUGCCGAUACAUCGACCGUCUUGACAGAAUUAACCUUGCAGUGCGACCAGAGUUUGUUACGGACGCGGCCAACUACAUACUCCGCGAGCGGACCUCCCAAUCACAGGCUGGCGAUCUGCUCCUGGUUGGUCCAAAUUGGACCACCCGCUUCCUAACACGACACAAAUAUAGCAAACGGUUACAGAAGAAGCUUCACGCUGACCGUCAGGCAUCGGAAGACCUCAGCCGAGUGGCCGAGUACUUCCAGAAGCUCUCUGAUAUAUGCGAGAGAGAGGGGAUAUUGCCUGAUGACACCUGGAAUAUGGACGAGACUGGUUUCCGUAUCGGCGUUGGUAAAGAUCAGUUGAUUGUUACCAAGCGAAAGAGAGCCCACUACUUUGGGAUUCCUGAAAAUAGGGAGUCUGCGACGGCGAUCGAGGCCAUAUCGGCGGGUGGGCAGUACAUUCCUGCUUUCUUGAUCGUGGCUGGACAAGUUCAUAUGGCGCAAUGGUAUACGCAACCAGAAUUACACCCAGACACGGCUAUCAUCCCGACCCCAACCGGCUAUACGAACGACCAAGUGGGCUUAGAAUGGCUUAAACACUUCGACAAGCACACGGCGAAGAAGACAGUGGGCAAAAAGCGCCUACUAAUCCUUGACGGUCAUGGCUCACACCACACAAAGGAAUUCAUUGCGUACUGCGAUGCCCACGGUAUUGUGCCCUUCGGUUUGCCUCCAAACCUUACCCACUUACUACAACCACUGGAUGUUGUGGUCUUCCAGCCAUUGAAACACUGCCACGCAAAGGCGCUUGACCUCAUGGUUCGAGAUGGGCUCGUCAACAUCACCAAGAUUGAGUUCCUCAGCUGCAUUGAAGAGGUCCGUAGACAGGCAUUCAAGGAAAGCACGAUUCUGACUUCGUUCAAGAAGACUGGAAUUUGGCCAUUCAACCCACAGCCAGUUCUCAAGAUUCUAGAAGAACGCCAAGCAAAGAAGACACCGUCGCCUCCUUCAAGCUCGGGAGGUCUGCAUUCAUCACCAUUUUCGACACCAUUGACACUUAGACAGAUGAAUAAGGUGGCGGACAAGCUAGAGGAUUUCCUUGAAGAAGACCAGCACCUGGACCCGGAGUUUGCGCACGAUAUUGGCCGGUUUAUCAGAGGGUCCCUGAUAAGACCUACAGAGCUGCUACAGACGAAGAGGGAUCUAGGGAGGACGCAAUAUGCGCAGCGCGUUCAAAAACAACGCAGAGCGAUGAAGAAUUCACCGCUUCAGUCAGGAGGGGUACUGACAGUGGCCCAGGCUCGGCAUAUGGUGCGGCAGAGAGAAGAAGACGCAGUUGCUAAGGCGAGGAAGCUGGUGCAAGCUGCGGAUCAGAAGGCAAUUAAGGUGGUUAAACGGGGGAUAUUUGAAGCGGCCAAAGUAGCACGUAAAUGGAGGACGUCUGGGAAGUUAAAACCAGCUAUAGUGUACGAGUCUGGGUUAUUUCCUAGAGCGUUAAAGAGAUUCUAA